AUGGGCCGCAUUUUCAUAGAUAAAGGUUGCAGUGAAGCUUUAUGCAGAGUCAUAAAGAAUUCAAAACAUGUAAUAGACACUUCAACGGUGAAUCUUCAGCUUGCUGAUGGCGAGGUUGUCAUUGAUCUUGAUGGAACAAAUCCAACUCAACCAGUUCUGCAACACAUAGGGAUCUCUGCGUGGCCUGGACGAUUGAUCCUCACCAAUUAUGCUUUGUACUUCGAGCCUCUGGGACUUGGGUUGCAUGAGAAAGGUGUUCGAUAUGAUUUAGAAAUGGAUAUGGAACAGGUCAUAAAGCCUGACUUGACCGGACCCCUUGGUGCUCGUCUUUUUGAUAAAGCCGUGAUGUACAAGUCAACUUCUGUAGCAGAGCCUGUUUAUUUCGAAUUCCCCGAAUUUAAUGCAAACUUGCGUCGUGACUACUGGCUGGAGAUUUGUCUUGAGAUCUUUCGUGCUCAUAAGUUUAUAAGGAAAUACAACCUUGAAGAGAUUCAGAAAUCAGAAGCACUAGCGAGGGCUAUUUUGGGGAUCUUCCGAUAUCGUGCAGUUAGAGAUGCUUUUCAAUAUUUCUCUUCCCACUAUAAAACUUUACUUGCAUUUAACCUCGCUGAAACUCUUCCUGGAGGAGAUGUCAUCCUGGAAACUCUGUCUAGUUGCCUGACAAAUUUGACUUCUGUUGCUGAUAAACAUGUUUCUGGUACCAUAGAUACUAAGAUGCACCAGGCGGUAUCCCUGGCAUCAGUUUUGACACUUGCUCGUCUUGGUUUCGUACCACUGAAGAAAGCUGAUAUUUAUGAAGAAGCAGCUGUUUACGGCGAUGUUCGGGUCGGUGAGACAACUCAAUUGGAAGUGGCAGUGAAAAAAUCCCUUCUUGACACAGGAAGGGCGCAAGCUGCACAGGCAACAGUGGAGCAAGUGAAGGUUGAAGGCAUUGACGCAAAUGUUGCAGUAAUGAAGGAACUAUUAUUCCCCGUCAUUGAAGCUGCUGGUCGUCUGCGAUUUUUAGCCUCGUGGAAAGACUUCUAUGGAUCAGGAUCGUUUUUGUUACUCUCCUGUUACGUGAUUUUAUGGGGGUGGAUCCAGUACAUAUUGCCGUCGAUUUUAGUGUUCUUUGCAAGUCUGAUGCUCUGGCGUAGGCAUUUCAACAGUGGAAGACAAAGAGGAGCUUUUACAGUAACUUCUCCCCCAAAUCGAAAUGCAGUAGAACAACUAUUACAAUUACAGGAAGCCAUCGCCCAAGUUGAAUCACUUAUUCAAGCUGGAAAUAUUACUCUCCUGAAAAUAAGAGCUCUUCUACUCGCUUUAUUACCGCAAGCUACGGAGAAGGUUGCAUUGUUGCUGGUUUUCAUGGCUGCAGCGAUAGCUUUUAUUCCUCUCAGACACAUAAUUUUGGUGGUCUUUGUAGAGUUAUACACGAGGGAGAUGCCUUGUAGGAAACAAAGUAGUGAGAGGUGGAUCAGGCGGGUUAAAGAAUGGUGGGUAAGGAUACCAGCAGCUCCUGUCCAGCUUAUUAAGCCUGAUGACGGCGAGAAAGCAGCAGCUUUACUCACAUAUGCCUUCUGUGCUUCCCCUUUUCCUCCUUCAUGUUAUAGGAUAUGGGGCAUGAGUGUUGGGGUUGGCACUUGA